AGCGGGCCACACCGCCACAGUGUACAACGAGCACUAUUUGACCAUCUUUGGGGGCGGCUCCCAUUCCAUGUGCUUCAACGACGUGCAUGUGCUUGACCUAGACGCGGUAAGAGGAGGCUUCAAGAGUGGCUCCCACUCCAUGUGCUUCAACGACGUGCAUGUGCUUGACCUAGACGCGGCGCAAUGGUCCCUAGCUGAGACCUACGGCAAGGUGCCCUCUCCCCGUGCUGGCCUCGUGGGUGUGGCGUUUGGCAGCCUCUGGUUCAUCAUGGGGCUCUCUCCCCUCAUCCCUCGCUCGUCUGCUUCCCGCCAGGCGGAAUGGUCCCUAGCUGAGACGUAUGGCAAGGCCGAGUGGUCCCUAGCUGAGACGUAUGGCAAGGUGCCUUCCCCUCGUGCUGGCCUCGUGGGAGUGGCGUUCGGCAGCCUGUGGUUCAUCAUGGGGGGAGGGGACAACCACGGGGGCGUGUCUGAGACAAUGCUGCUGGAUCUUGACUCGCUGGUGUGGUCUGUGGUUACCACAUCGCUGGAGAAGACACCGCUUGCCUCAGAAGGUCUGUCGGUGGUACCUGUGGGAACAUCGCUCGGUCCUGUGCUUGUAGCGUUCGGGGGCUAUAACGGGCGGUACAAUAACGAGGUUUUCCUGUUGCUCCCCGACACUGCGGCGCUGCUUAGAGCAGCAGAGGAGGAGGAGGAAGCUGCAGCGGCCGCUACAACCGCCGCCGCUACAACCGCUGCAACAACUGCUGCUGCUGCUGCUACAGAUAAUGCUGCUGCUGCUGCUACAGCCACUGCUCCUCAACCACCCCCCUCAGCAGCAUCUGAAAACAGCAAUUCUCAACCUGCUGAUUCCGUCACUGCAUCCUCAGCUCCGGCAGCAGGUUCGGUGGCAGGUUCGGCAGCAGGUUCGGCACCUCCUCCUUCCCUUCCCUCUGGCGCUGCUGCUGCUCUUGGCCCCACUCCUUCCGCACCUGCUGCUCUACCCCCUCCUCCCGCACCCACUACUGGAAUUCCCCCUGCUGCUAUGGCCGCUGGGGGCAAGCAGAUGGUCCGAGCAGGAUCGGCAUCCAAUAUCAUCGGUGCCGCCCCUCCAGGUGGAAUCCCAGGUGGAAUCUCAGGUGGAAUUCCAGGUGCUGCUGCUGUUCCUGUGCCUGGGCACGGGCCGCCGUUGCCAGCAGGAGCAGGGGCGGUGGUGGGGGUGGAGGAUGGAGGGGAGCUGUCCCCUACGUCGAGGGAUGCGGUGCUGCUUGCUCAGUUGGAGGAGGCAGAAGCAGCCGCAACCAGAGCAGAGAAGGUGGCACUCAAUGCGCGGGCUGAAGCAAGCCAAACUGCUGCAGAGGCACGGGCGGAUGCAUGGGCUGCCAUUGCUAAGGCGCAGAUGGAGGUGGAUCUGCUGAAGCAGCAGCUAGCAACUGCCAUCAAGGCGAAGCAGCAGGCGGAGGAUGAGAUGGCGGAGGGGCAGGCCAAGGUGGUGGCGGCCCAGGCUGCCUCCGCUAGCGCGCAGGCAGAGGCAGGGCAGAUCAGGAAGGACUUGAACGAUUGCAGAAUAAAGGUGCACGAGCUAGAGGCGGAGCUUGCAAAGAAGUCAGGGGCGGAUGGGGGAAUGGCGACGCUGCAAAAGGACUAUGCUGCUGUGAAGAACGCCCUGGCUGAUAUGGAACAGGAGCUGACGACAGCACGUACCACGCUAGCAGCCGAACAAGCACGGUGUUUCCGGCUGGAGGUGGAGGUGGCAGAGUAUCGGCAGCGGCUGGCCGGCAUGGCGGAUCUGGAGAGGGAGGUGGAGCUGCUGCAGAGGCAGCAGGCUGCUGCUGAUGCCAUGGCUGCUGCUGCUGCCGGCAAGGGCAAGGGCUGGUGGGGAGGGGGGAGGUGA